AUGGAAGAAGCAGAUACAGCACAAGAACUAGCAAAAUCUGUUAACCUAUUAAAUGCAAUUAAUUGGUUGGAUGUGGCAUGGAGAAAUGUUAAUCCUACUUCAAUCACAAAAUGUUUUAAUAAGUGUGGUUUUGGAAUAGGAAAAAAUAUAGAUACAGAUGUGCAGCUGAUUGAAGCUGAUCUUACCAUAACCAGCCUUUUGGGUUCUGUUACUUGGGAAAAUUUUGUAACCAUGGAUAACAAUGAUGACUCAAUCCAUAGCCCACAAAGUUCUGAAAAUCAUGAACAAUUUGAAGUCCAAGAUGAUGAAGAGGAAGAAGAGGCUCCAGUCCAAGAAGUUUCUACAAAGAUGGCAUUACAAUGUGCCAGGAAGCUAACUUCAUAUUCGAUACAUGUGGGCAAUAGAGAAUUGUUACAAUUUUCUGAGAACAUUGAAAAUAUUUUAGAAAUUGAAUUGUUAAAAACAAAAUGUUUUGGCAAACAGACAACUAUGAAUGAUUUUCUUCCAUAA